GUCAUAUAUUACUGUUUUCCAAUCUCACUCCUCUGUUCAUUCUUUUUCUCUAUUUCUUCAUCCUCCCAUCCGAAAGAGUUUUGGAUAGAAUCGUGUAGACAAUAUCCACGGCAAAAGCUUGAUCCUUUGUAAUUUGAUGGCCGAUCUCACUUCCAGGGAUUUGACAUUGCCUCAACCUGAUUGUGAAGGAGGGGGUGAAAUUGAAGCUGUUGCACCUGAUUAUACCGAGAUUAUUGUUAUUCGUCAUGGUCAAACUGAGUGGAAUGCUAAUAGAAGAAUUCAGGGCCAGCUUGAUGUGGACUUAAAUGAUGUUGGGAGGAAGCAAGCGGCUGCAGUGGCUGGGCGACUAUCAAAGGAACCUAAAAUAUCUGCAGUAUACUCAUCGGACUUGAAACGAGCGUAUGAUACAGCCGAGAUGAUAGCAAAUUGCUGUGGGGUGUCUGACGUUUUUAAAGAUCGAAACUUGAGGGAGAGGCAUAUGGGUGAUCUUCAUGGCGUUGUGUUCCACGAAGCAGCCAAAAUCAGACCUGAGGCUCACAAAGCAUUUUUAUCUCGUAGUAGGGAUCAAGAAAUUCCUGUGGGUGGGGAAAGUCUUAAUCAACUUUCUGAACGCUGUAUAUCAGCAUUAGAAAGAAUCGCGAAGAAACACAGAGGCGAACGAGUAAUUGUAGUCACGCAUGGGGCUACCAUUGAAGAACUUCAUAGACGGGGCUCAAAUGGGAUGUCCACUGACUACGUUCCUAAUACUUCUGUUAAUGUUUUUCACUUGUUCGAAGAGGAUAAAUGGAGCAUUAAAUCGUGGGGCGAUGUGAGUCAUCUCGAUGGCCUAUUCGGAAGCAAUGGAAUAGCAUAAGGUUUGAAGAAGUGAUUCAGUGGUUUGAGGUAGGAAGAAGUUUGCCGCAUUUUCGCCUUCGUAUGGGAAGAAUUUAUAAAUGGACAAAAAUGAGUGGUAGUAGAUAAGUUAAUACUAUUUGUUGAUCUAUUCAAAUGUGUAGUUGAAAAUGAAGUUUGAUAACAUUAAUAUUUGACUAAUAAAAGGGACCAUUGUUCCUUA